AUGGCACCAAUUUAUGUCGUUACAGCUGCCACCGGUGCCCAAGGCUCAAGCACAGCGCGAGCACUUAUUGCGGCAGGAGCGACUGUUCGUGCAAUCGUUCGCGAUGUGAAUGCCCCUGUUGCAAAAGCUCUUCAAGAAAUCGGGGCUGUUCUUUUCGAAGGAGAUUUUGAUUCCCUUGACACCAUCAAAGACGCUCUCUCGGGUGCCACCGGAUUAUUCUACAACCCCUUUCCCACUCCAACAAUCGUCGGUGAAGCAAACGCUAUUAUCUCGCUCGCAAAGGCGACCUCUACGAUCAGAACUGUCGUCCUCAGUACCGUCUUCUAUUGCGGAUCACCGGCAAUUUGGGAUUAUAACCCAACAGAUUCUCAUAUCUAUCUGUACUAUAAGGGCAAAUUCGAAGUUGAAAAGGCACUCAAGGCAGCCGGAUUUGAGAACUAUACUAUCUUACGCCCGGCUUGGAUAAUGCACAAUUACAUCCUCCCGCACUCUUCUCAUCAUUUCCCUGAACUUAGCGAGAAAGCUGAGCUGGCGCACCUCUAUCCACCUGAGACGGAAAUGAGCCACGUAGAUCCUCGAGAUAUUGGAAAGUUUGCGGCGGCAGCGUUUCUUAAGCCAGCGCAAUUUCGGGAGGAGGAAAUUGAGUUGGGUUAUGAGAAUUUGACGAUUGAGAAGGCGAGGACGACUUUGAGUAAGGUUCUGGGGUUUGAAGUUGCGCAACGGAGGAGAAGUGCAGAAGAGGAGGUGGCUAUGGAGCAGGUAGCAACGACACAGCCCUUUCAGAGAUUGGCGAUCAAUAAGCCACUUACGAUUGAUGGACAGGCUUUGGAGAGGAAGUUUGGUAUUAAGAUGACGGGUUUUGAGGAUUAUUGCUUGAGAGAAAAAGAGGCGUUAGUAAGGAGCAUUCACAAAGCGUGA